AUGUCGUCGGAGAAUGAAUCGGAGUCUCGGAAAUUGAGUUCGGAAGAGAUUUCGCGCGAAUUCAAAACCCUAGUUAGUUCCAAUGAUCUUCACUCCCUCAAUCACAUGCAACACACCAUAUUGGGAAGGUUGCAGGACAGCAAUGCGGUGUUGUCGCAUUUCAACGACUUCUCUCAACACUGUUUUGCUGAGAUUUCCGGUGACAUUGCUAGAAACACGCGUGUAUUGAAGUGUGUCAAGUCUGACCUUGAUUAUAUCUUUCAGAAACUCAGAAGUAUGAAAUCAAAAAUUAUGGCAACCUAUCCUGACGCGUUUCCUGAAGACUCAAUGGGAGAAGGGAUUGAUCGGAGACCAGAUCUUGAAAUGCCCAAGUAA